UGUAAUGAACCCCUGGUGGCUCAAGAAUAUUCGAGUUCCAUGACAGCUUCCUCCUAUUAUUCAUAUUCCUACUCACCCAGCUAUGGAAAACUGCACUCGAGAGGUGGUUGGUCUCCCCAGGUUUCAGAUCGACUCCCCUGGCUCCAGAUUAACCUGUCACAGAGAUCGAAAAUCACUGCCAUUGCCACACAAGGAACAUACAACUCCUUUGAUUGGGUGACUAAGUACCUCUUCUUAUAUGGUGACCGACCAGACAACUGGACACCAUUCUAUCAGCAGGGACAUAACUGGACUUUUGCAGGAAACCGGAAUUCUGAUGAUGUGGUUCGACACGAGCUGUGGAGACCGAUUCUCGCACGUUCCGUCCGCUUCGUGGCCCUGGGCUGGAAUGUCAAUCGUUACGUUGGGCUUCGGGUCGAAGUCUAUGGCUGCUAUUAUGAUUCUGACAUGGUCUCUUUUGACGGGAACAGUUCUCUGAGCUACCAGUUCCAGGAUGGAAAUACUCGCACGUUGUUCGACUCCAUCUCAUUCAACUUCAAAACUAUGGCUCAGGAUGGACUUCUUCUACACAGUGAGGGUGAAGAGGGAGAUUAUAUCACGGUGGAGCUCCAGGGAGCAAAGCUUCUGUUUCACAUUAACUUAGGCAGCAGCAAUAUCCAUUCUGUGAGUGGAGAGACUUCCAUCAAACUGGGCAGUUUACUUGAUGACCAGCAUUGGCACAUGGUCUUCAUUGAGCGCUAUGGGCAGGACCUUAAUGUCACUCUCGAUGGUCAUGUUGAACGCCUUCUCACAAAUGGUGACUUUGAUCACUUGGAUUUGAAUUCUCUGAUUGUUUUUGGUGGGCUGAAUACUACAGAGAGACUGAGACUGGUCGACAAGCCAAACUUCCAGGGCUGUAUGGAGAACAUUAUGUACAACAACAUCAGUGUCAUCGACCUAGCGAGAGCAAGAUAUUCACAAACACAGACCCUGGGUGAUGUACGUUUCCACUGCCAUGAAUUCCUCCACAAGGACAGGCCAUUCUAUCCCAUAACCUUCGCAACACAAGCCAGUUUUAUCCAGGUGCCAGGAAUACCGAUGCUGAACCAGCUAUCUGUCAACUUCAGUUUCCGAUCUUUAGACACAAGUGGCUUGCUUCUUUUCAGCAACUUUUCUGAGGGUCUUGGCUGGCUGGAGAUGGGUUUAAGUGAAGGACAAAUCAACAUCUCAUUCCAACAAACUGGCAAGAAAAGACUGGAGUUUGCUGCAGGUUCAAACUUGACUGAUGGACACUGGCAUUCAGUUCAGCUGCUAGCCCGAAUGGACUCUGUUGUGAUUGUUAUUGAUGAGAGGGAGGAUUCACCAGUACGAAUCAAUCACGCUUUACGGGUGCAGACUGGUGAUCAGUACUACUUUGGAGGCUGCCCCACAAGUGUAAAGAACUUGGGAUGUUUUUCAAAUGUGAGUAUGUUCCAUGGCUGCAUGCAACACAUUCAUGUGGACAAUUAUCUUGUGGAUCUGGAGCUAGUAAAAAGACGCCAACUAGGAAGAUAUGCAGAGAUGCUGUUUAACACGUGUGGAGUUGCAGACAGAUGUACCCCAAAUUUGUGUGAACAUGAAGGAAUUUGUCUGCAGACUUCAGAUAAUUUUGUAUGUGAUUGCGAGAGAACAGGAUACACAGGCCCAACCUGCCAUAACUCCCUCUAUCCUGAGUCAUGUGAAGGGUACAGAAAACUGGGCGUGCGAACAUCUGGGAACUACACUAUUGACCCUGAUGGGAGUGGUCCUUCCAGACCCUUCACUGUUCACUGCAGAAUGACAGAGUAUAAAGCCUGGACAAUAGUUUAUCACCAACAGCAGCAAGAGGUCAAAGUAACUGGCUCGACUUUAGAGAAACCUUUUGUGGGACAGAUCAAAUAUUACAACAACACAGAGGAAGAGAUUUCUGCGAUAACCCUAGCGGCUGAGUAUUGUGAACAGGGUAUCUCCUUCUCCUGCUAUAGGUCCCGUCUCCUCAACAGUCCGUCUGGGCUGCCUUUCUCCUGGUGGCUAGGCCGUGGAUUUGAGAAACAUUUCUAUUGGGGAGGUGCGACUCCUGGGAGUCAGAGAUGUGCCUGUGGGAUGGAGAAAAGCUGCACUGACCCCAAGUAUUUCUGCAAUUGUGAUGCAGACUACAGGCAGUGGAAGACUGACCGAGGUUUCCUGAAGUACAGGGAGGACCUGCCAGUCACAAAAGUUGUUGUUGGUGACACAAACCGCUCCAGUUCUGAGGCCCGAUUUACUGUGGGCUCUUUGCGUUGCUAUGGAGAUGGCGGUUCCUGGAACACGGCCUCGUUUGUUUCAGGGAAUUACCUUCAAUUCCCGAGCUUCAAUCCCGGGCCUAGUGCUGACAUCUCACUCUAUUUCAAGACCACAUCGUCUCAUGGUGUCUUUCUGGAGAAUUCUGGAUACAGAAAUUUCAUCCGUCUGGAACUGAAAUCAGAGAUGGUGGUUGCAUUCUCCUUUGAUGUGGGUGAUGGCCCGGAGGAGCUACAGGUGGAGUCAGAGACCCCUCUGAAUGAUGACACUUGGCACUUCCUGGAGGCGGAGAUCAAUGUGAAGUUUGCCCGUCUACGGCUGGAUGAGUCACCUUGGCGACUGAGAGAGGCGCCACCACAGAGCUAUGUAUCCCUGAAGCUGGACAGGCCAUUGUUUGUGGGAGCUGCCGAGUAUCGGCUGAACGCAUUCUUUGGCUGCUUGCGUGGUCUCCGAAUGAAUGGAGUAAUCCUGAACCUGGAGAAGGAAGCUAACCUUACAGAGGGAGUGAAUGCAGGCUGUGUGGGAGAAUGCGGCAGUACUGGGGUACUGUGUCAGAAUGGAGGCAGAUGCGUUGAGCGAUAUAGCACAUACAGCUGUGACUGUAAUUCCAGCGCCUUUGAUGGGAUGUACUGCCAUAAAGGUACUGGCUUCUAA